CGUCACGUGACUGGGCGUCGCGUGACCGGCACCCGGAAAAGCAAGAUGGAGGGGCGGGGCCGGUGAGCGCCGGGCAGCUGCCGCCACUAUGUCCACCAGGAGGCUGCGCAGCGAGGACUACAACGACUACAGCUCCACAGAGGCUACCCCUGACGGAAGCCCCCCUGAAGGCAUAAACAGCUUUGCUGCUCCAUCAGCCUACCGGCGGUUCGGGGAGAGCAAUGGGACAACAUGGCUUCAAACCUUGAUCCACCUGGUGAAAGGGAAUAUUGGCACUGGCCUGCUGGGACUGCCCCUGGCUGUGAAAAACGCUGGCAUCAUGCUGGGCCCGCUCAGUUUGCUGGUGAUGGGAAUUGCCGCAGUGCACUGUAUGGGCAUCCUGGUUAAAUGCGCUCACCGCUUCUGCAACAAAUAUCAAAGACCUUUUGUGGACUAUGGAGAUGCUGUGAUGUACGGGCUGGAAGCUAGCCCUAGCACCUGGCUUCGGACCCACGCCAUCUGGGGAAGGUACAUAGUGGGAUUUUUCUUGAUUCUCACCCAGCUGGGGUUCUGCUGUGUGUAUUUCGUAUUUCUGGCUGACAAUCUGAAACAGGUGAUCUCUGCAGCAAAUGGCACCACCAAUGACUGCCAUUCCAACAAAACCACGGUGCUGACUCCGACCAUGGACUCCCGGUUGUUCAUCCUCUCCUUGCUGCCGUUCCUGGUGCUGCUCGUGUACAUACAGAAUCUCAAGUUCCUGUCCAUCUUCUCCAUGCUGGCCAACCUCGCCAUGCUGUGCAGUCUCCUCAUGAUAAACUGGUAUAUCAUCACGGGCAUUCCGGAUCCCAGCAACCUGCCUCUCGUAGCCGGCUGGAAGACCUACCCUCUGUUUUUUGGCACGGCUAUCUUUGCUUUUGAAGGUAUCGGCGUGGUGCUCCCCCUGGAAAACAAAAUGAAGAAUCCUCGACACUUCCCAGUGGUCCUGUAUGUGGGAAUGGCCAUAGUCACCAUUUUGUACAUCAGCCUGGGGACCUUGGGUUACCUGCGAUUUGGAGCCAGCAUCCAGGCCAGCAUUACUCUCAACCUGCCCGACUGCUGGCUGUACCAAUCUGUCAAGCUGCUCUACUCCAUUGGGAUCUUCUUCACCUAUGCGCUGCAGUUCUACGUCCCUGCUGAAAUCAUUGUGCCCGGGGCUGUUUCCCAGGUGCCGGAGCGCUGGGCACUGUGGGUCAACCUGCUCCUCAGGACAUGCCUCGUCUGCGUGACAUGUACUGCAUGCCUUCUAGUGGGCUGGCUCCUGCUACGUACCAUGCAAAAAGAUGUCGCCUCAUUGAGGAAAGUGCCAUAAUGUGCCAGAACCCUGGUGCCUACUCUACUUCUUCCAGCAGGUCACCUUUACAGUGGAAAGGGCUAGGAUGAGUGCUGCAUUCAGUUGGUCUCCUGCUGCUCUAACCUUAACCAGAGUCUGACUGCAGCACAUGCUAAAGGUCCUGCGCUGUCUAAGCACAGUGGGGCCACGGAAGGACAAGUUGGCCUUAACUCAGGAGUUGCUGCCUGUGUUGACACAUUGUGUUUAAUUCCAGCAAAACUCGUUAGAGAACAGAUUUCUGUUGCAACCCCUCUGCCUCCCUGCGCUUUCACCGUGGCCAGUCCUUAGCUAACCAGCCAGGCUUGCCCGUGCUGUGGAAUUAGAUGGCUGUUACUUUUUAAGGCCCUGAUCUUGUGACGUGAUUAGAAAGGUCUGUCAGAGGCGUUAACCUGAGCAAGUUGCCUUUAGUGGCGGCUCUGUACUUAACUUUGAGCGUCAUGGGGCAGCGUAGCAACUGAACUAGAUGCAGACUCCCAUGCUGUCAGAACCCUUGGUUCCCGUGGCUGUAAUAGAGCUGCCAUCUUACCCUGCUGCCCGCAGACCUCAUGCUGCAGCUGUAUUGGCAGAAUGACCCCUGGCAUUGGGGGUGUUGUGAUGCAAGCGGAACAGAGCCACGUUUCUUUCCAAGCACGUUUCUUGUUCCGUUGCACAAGAGAUCCAUUUUCUGGUGACCCAUAUUGAAACAAAUAAGCUCUGGGUGCAGAAAUGGAAUGUUUUUUGUUUUUUCUAUAUCCUGGGCUCGAGGAGUUGGAUCCCCCCACCUCCCCUGAGUGUGUAGCAGACAGUAUUUUUUGACAGGCCGCGUUUUCAAAGCAGUCAACCAAUUUCCUUUUCUCUGUGGUGAUUAUGCUUUGAAGUGCCCUACUUUCAUUGCCGAGAAUCUUUGUUUGUUGUGCAGAAUCCAGUUGCCUUCCUUCCUUAGGGCUUUUCAGUUACACAAAAUCCUAACAAUGCCAUUGAGCACCAGAGAUGAAGCGGGCUGGAGAGCUACCCACCUUCUUUUUUUUCCUUUCCUAAUAAGUUGGCUGUCUGAGGCUUUGGCCCUUACAGCAAUUUUUUAAAUUUGAUUUAUUUUACUGAACUACUGUCUAUGGUACUUAUGCGGCCCCACUACUGUAGUGUUGGAGUGCCUCAGUCUUUAAGGCACUAAUCUUCACAACAGUCUUGUGACGUAGGGAAGUAGUGGUGUUGCCAUUUUACAGAUGGGAAGCGGAGGCAGUAUAAAGCUAAGUGACUUGCCCAAGGUCACACAGGACAUCUGUGGCGGAGCAGAGGAUUGUACUCAGCUCUCUAGUAUCCAGGCUAGUGCCCUAACCACUGGGCCGUCUCUCUUCGGUGCUGUAGGUUCAUCAUUCUGCUUAGAAUUGCAAAAAAUGAAACUGCAUACAGCCAGGCUAAUGUGGCUGGCAGGUGAGAGAAUAUCUCCCAACUAGCUUGGAGUUUCUCUCUUCAUUUCUGUGUAGCAGAGCAUGUGUCACACCCAGGGCCCAAUAUGCAACUUCAGUAAUGGAAAUCAUUAGGGGCAGUUAAACCAGGGUAAGUGGUUUCUGUAAGUGUUGAAGCCAGGGGUGGGGGGAGUUGAAACUAUCCAUGGAAUCUUGUGGGUUUU